AUGGCUCUCGCUUUGACAGAUCAAAUCAAGCAGCUCAAUGAUGCUCGGGGAAUAGUGCUAUCAAAUCCAACCCUCUACCCUCAGAUAGUUGGUGGCAUUUUACCCAUAAUUGGAGCCAACGCGAGGCUAGAGCUGCGAAGAUGGGGUGCGGAUUUUCUGGCGGAGACAUUUGCCAGUCCCGUCGUAGCAUCGAAAGCAAAAGAGCAGAUGGCCAUCAUGGCUCUACAAUUAUUGAGGGAGUUGUUGGAAAUGCCUGGCGGAGAUGACACGGCUGUUAUGAAGGGCGUGGUCGAGGCCAGUGCUAGCAUUUACCCUUCAAUCUUCAAAUAUAUCAUUGAGAAUCCUAGCGAUAUCCCUGUCUGGAAUAAUAUGAAAGCUAUCAAGUCAAAUAUACUGGGAAGAUGGGAUGCUGCCACCCUUGGUGUCAAAAUAUGUUGCAUCAAAUUCGUGCAGAAAGUCAUACAAGUACAAACACCCGGUGUUGUAGCUGAUCCUAGGCGUCCAGAGCAGAAUGAAACUUCCAUUGCCAUGGUCCCCAGAGAUCAUCCACUAAUCCCGCCUCCUAAACUAGAGCCAGAAGCCUCUGGGCUACUCGACAGAAUACUCGACGUCUUUCAGCAAAAUCUAAGCAAUGCUGUCCUCGUAAAUGCUACCCUCAACUGUCUCGGUGUGCUUCUCCGCACACGUCAAGCCAUUGCCAAUAAGAUCAUUUCUGCGGUGCUCAAUUUCAAUCCGCUCAAGCAAGCAAACUCGCCCAUGACACCCAAGGUCAAAGUUCAGAUCAAGUCAAUGGAAAGAACGACCCGCACUCUAUUGUUCAGUAUUUUCCGAAGGGAUCAAAAUCAUCCUAUGGCACCCAGGAUCAAGCAGUAUCUCGACCGGAUGGCCCAAAGUCGUAUGGAUAUAUUUGAUGAGGGUGUUUCACGAAAGCGUGCUCUCCCUAGUGAGCCUACGGACGGUCUUGACAAUGGCAAGCGACGACGACUUGGGGCUCAGGUGUCAGAGCAGCAGGGCGCGCCCCUUUCACUCAAGGGACCAAACAGUCUUGCACAAGUCUUUACACUCACCAAUGAUUCAAUACUUGCUUCCUUUGAUGUACAGCAAAUACCACAAGAUCUUGUGCUUGCUAUUGCUCAAGGGCUUCUGGCCCAUGUGAACGAGCCCGACCUGACACGGAGUAUUAGCAAAGUUCAAUCUCGCCUCCUCAGCGUUAACAAAACCCCUCAACUUGGUGACGAUGAAGAAGACUACGAGCCUGACUUUGCUCCGAACGAAGACCGCGAACAAAUUCUCAACAGAAAUGAUGCGCUGCCACCAGAGGAUGACGCACAGGUCCACUCUGAAGUUGCACUUGGUUCUUUCGAGCUGCCCCAACCUCCACCAAUAUCGCGCAAAGAACUUCGAGAGAUUGGUAAAAGCAUCGUAGGUCGAGUCUUCAACAUGAUCAACAUUCUCGACGAGGCCUCUUCUGCAAAGAGGAGAAGACUGGGACUUAACCGAUUGGCCGGAAGUACCUAUGAUCGAGACGCUUGGGUUACAUUCAUCACAAGAUUAGCAACACGCUCUUCCAUCGGCUUAUAUGAUGAAGAUGACGAAGGAAACCCAGGCUCAAGAGCUCUUGUUAAGCCGUCCGAGCACACUAUGAAUAUGGGUGGCGAGAUACGUGACCAGCUGUGGAAAUAUAUCAUGGAGAACGACUUCCGCUCUCGCAUGCAUGUUGCCAUUGCUUGGUUGAAUGAAGAAUGGUUCAAUGACCGGAUGCAGCGAAAAGCGUACGAUGCGCGACAGGAUAAGAACGACCACUUGCCUCCACCAAAGGAGCAUUAUGAGGCCUGGGCUUUGAAGAUCUUCGACAGCAUUGAGCCGUAUCUUGACGCGAGAGAACAACGGCUGCUCAUCAGGUUUCUGUCCGAGAUCCCCGCUGUUAGCGAGCAACUCAUUGGAAGGAUCAAGAGGCUUGCCAGAGAUCCUGAGCGGGUUGAUCUUACCAUCAAAUCUCUAUACUAUCUGAUUCUUAUGAAGCCGCCGGCGCGGAAACCUUGCAUUGAUGCACUCGAAGAUCUGUGGCGAAAUAACGACGAUGCUCGUGCACCAGCGGCGAAGCUCCUGCAAAAAUGGCGUCCACAUGUCCUGCCACCAGCGCCUCCUAAGCAAGAGAAGCCUGUCGAUCCUACCCCAGCGCCCUUACCCGGGACCAAAGCUUCGGAUCCUGCAAUAGCACCUGAAUCAUCCGUCAAGUCGGAGGGCGACUUAAAGAGCCCGACUACUACUGGCUUGCCAGUCGCUGCAGCCGGCUAA